AUGGGCACUUUCCACGCAGCAAGAAAUCCAAGAAACAAAGCGGGAGCGGCGCCUAUCAAACCUGCCACUGACGAAGAGAAGAACAUUUUAGAUGGUGGCGAAGAACGUAAGAGAUUGCUUCAAAAAUUACAAACGUCUUCCAAAUUCAAAGUGGAAUAAUCGUACAAGUGUACCGCACCACAAACGACAAUCGAGUUAAAUAAACGUGUUUUACCAUCUAAUUGCCGUUGGAUGUCUGAUUCUUAUGUGGUUAAUGCAAUGGCUUCGUAUCCGGAAAAUCGUAACGCGCAUAAUAAAGUAUUUGGCGGCUUUUUAAUGCGCAACGCAUUGGAAAUCAGUUGGGUGGGGGCGAAUCUCUAUUGCAAAAAUCGCCCUAAAUUGGAGCAUAUUUGUGAUAUUAGUUUUGAGAAGCCGGUGAGUGUUAAUUCAUUCAUUAAAAUGAUUGCCUAUGUGGUCUACACUGAAGUUGACCACAUCCAAAUGAUGACCAUCGCUGAUAUUAUCGAUUCCAGUACCGGUGAUCAGUUAACUUCGAAUGUAUUUUAUUAUACAUUUUCGGCACCAGAUGAAGUCCCCGAAAUAUUACCCCCUUCGUAUCACGAAACGAUGUGGUAUAUACACGGACGUCGUAAAUUUAAAUACGCUUUGGGUUUGGAAUAA